UUGGAGCUAUUCAUGUAAAGUUUUCCCAAAUUAUUUUGUAUCUAGUUUGACGAUAAUGAGGAAUAUUUUAUCUAGCAGCUAUGUUAUAUCGUCAAAUUUAGAGGGCCCAUACCUGUAAUAUGCAAAAUUUAGACUCCUUAGAAUGCCCCAUAUGUCUUCAAUCUUGCAAUCACCCGAUAAUAUUAGAAUGUGGUCACAUAUUUUGCUUUCUAUGUGCUAAAGGAUUUUGUUUAAUUAGUAAAAAAUGUGCUCUAUGUAGGCAUGAAAUAUCCAUUGAUUCUUUAACAAAUGGGAAAAUUAUAGAUUUAACUAAAAUACAAGAAAGAUAUCAGUCAAUUAAGAAUGAUUACCAUUGGCUUUAUGAAGGGCAGGGUGGAUGGUGGUUAUAUGAAGAUCAAAACAAUGAUGUGAUUGAGAAAAAUUUAAGAGAUAUGAAAUUUUUGUUUGAAAUUAUGAUUGCUGGGAAUAUAUAUGUUAUAGAUUUAAUCAAUAUGGUGCAAUAUAGGAAAACCGAACCUUACAAGAGACGCAAAAUGAAAAGAGAUAAGUGCUGCGCCGUACCCACAAAAGGAGUAGCUGGCAUAAAAAUAUCGGACCCUUCCGCCAACGAGGAAGCGAUAAAUUUACACGGCGAUGGUAGCCAUUCGAAUUUGGAUAACGAUAGUAACGAAGAAAUUCCUUCUACGUCUCGAGAUAUUCAAUGAAUAAAUUUCUGAAAUUCGGCAAGCAUUUUGCAUCAACAUUUACCUACGUUAGGAAAUGACUAAAUUCCUUAAAUAUUUAUAAACUUUAUAUAAAUAACCAAUUCAACAAAAAAUGGAAGAGCAUCCCAAACAUCAAUUACCUUAAUUAAGAUUCACCAAUCCACUUCACGCCAAUAAUUCCUUUUCAAGUGGAGAUUCGAUAAAACUAAUUUCAAUUUUCAUACUUUUCGUAAAUAAAUAACUUUAAAAAACUUAAUCGAAAUUUUAAACUUAAAAAAGAAAUCUUCCAUGGCAACAUUGACCCAAAACAUGAAACCUCAACUAUCAUCUAUUUUGUUAUUUUUAACAAUAAAAUAUCAAUAGCUAUCUUCAGUAAAUCUAACUUGAUUCCAAUUAACAAAUUCUCGGUUUUUAAUAUUCGAAACGUUAUUUAUUAUUAUAUG